AUGGGUUGUUGUUUAACUAAAAAAACUAAACAUACUCAAUAUUCUUAUUCAGAUUCUGAUGAAUCACCUUUUCCAAUUUAAUAAUAUGAAGAAUCAAAUUAUAAGGAAGUAAGUUCUGAUCCAAUUAUUACUCCCAAAGAAUAAAAAAUAAAAAAGUUAGAAUAAGAAUAUUAGAUUACUUGGGAUAAAAGGAGAAAUGCUUAUAUAAAGAGUUUUUUGUAGAAUUUUCUUAGGAAUGAAUAGAUUUAAUGGAUAUAUUAUGGCAGUCUAAUAACUAUUUAUCAAAAAAUGGAAAUAAAAAUGAAUUAACUUCAAUUAUUAUCUUCUUAGAAAGUUUAAUCUAUUUGA